AUGAACCAGAUACCCGGUCAAGGCCAGCCCGGCCAAGGGCCGGCGCAACCAAAUACUCAACCUCCCGGUGUCGCCCCGGGACCACAGGCACCUUUAAUGAUCCGUGCCAACCAAGUACAAAAUAUCGCGUUCUUGACCGCUGAGGAAAAGACCAGCUAUCAAAACGGGUUGACAAAUCUGUGGAAGAAUUUCGAGGAAUCACCCGAAGGAUCGCAAGAGAAGCUCAACGCUAGGCGUGGCAUCGAGGCCUUCAGCAAGAUGCUGCAAGACAAGUUGACGCAGAAGAGGGCUGAGCAAGCACGACUCCUGCAAAUGAAACAACAGCAGUUACGGCUGCAACAGCAGCAGCAGCAGAAUCAACAGGCACAGCCCCUAGGGCAACCUCAGGGACAACCUCAACAGACGCAACAGCAACCACCACCACCACCACCACAACAACAACAACAGCAGCAGCAGCAGCAACAGCCUGGCCAACAACAGCCCGGUCAAGUACAGCAACAGCAGCCCCAGCUGCAUCAACAGCAACAACAACCACCCCAUCACCAAAUCCAGGCCAAACAACCACUUCAGCAACAACAACAACCACCUCAAAUGCAGAAGCAACAGGGCCAGCAGCAAAUGCCACAACAAGUUGGACAAACUCCUCAGCUUGGCACUGUUCAGCAAUCACCGACACCAUCGCAGAUCGCCCCUGGUACUCCCCAGAACACUGCGGGCAUUGUCCGUCCAGGACAGCCUGCUACAGCACCGGGACAGCCAAACAAGACUGGCGGCGUUCCCCAAGUUGUCGUUAAUCAUGUCACGGCACUACAAUUCAACGUACCUCCAAACGUGCUCGCCCAGGACCACGAAAAGUGGAAGACAGACGUUAGGAACAGAUACAUGAGGGCGUUUCUGGGCCUUCACAGCACUAACACGACGCUGGUAAAUCUUCUCAGUCUUAUGGAUGAACGGAGGAACGCCCAGAAGCCUUUCACUCCUGAAGAGCAACAGAAUUUGAUGAGCCGCAAAGCGAUGGCGGAGAAGUCGUUCAACGAUUCCAAGAACAUCUGCAAUCAAAUUCGUCAGACAGUAGUGAAGCCUCCUCAUAAUACACCACUAUCGCUUCCGAUGCCGGGCUCUGUGAACAAGGCCGUCCCGAUUGCGGCGAACACCACCCCGAUGCUGAACCAAGCAAGGCCGCAACAACAAGGGCAGCAACCUCAGGCGGCCCCUCAACAAGGACAAAUACAGAUUCAAGGUCAAGGACCCGCUCAGGUUCAAGGUCAAGGCCAAACCUUGGGUGCUGGAAUGGCACCAUCCACAGCCGCCAUGAACGCCGCUAUCCAAGCGGCCAAAAACGCUGGACAGAUGGCGGGUGUGGGCGGAAUGGCAUCGCAACAAGGAGCCCAACAAUCCCCUGCGCCUUCUCAUUCACCUCAAAUCGCUACGAAUCAGUUGCAACAGCAUCAACAAAUGCAACACCAACAACAGCAACCACAACAGCAGCAGAUACAGCAACAACAACCACAACAUCAACAGCAGCAGCAACACCAACAACAACAAACGCAAACUCCCAUUCAACCACAGGGACAACCUCAAAGCCAGCCACAACAAGCGCAGCCACAUCUGGCACCCGCCACCCAAACUCCGACGACCCAGGCUGCUCUCCCGCAACAGCAACAACAGCAACAGGCUACGCAGAACCACAUUAAAGCCGAGCCUGGCUCACAGCCUACUCAUAUGCCUGCUCCCAUCAACACGGCUAUUCCCUCUGGCAUGGUUGGUGUACAGGCGACUGGAACCCCUACCCAAAUCUCACAACGCCAUCAAACCCCACAGCGGACGCCUAACCAGCCGCUCUCGCACGCGGCGGCUAUGAACCUCGCAGGCCAGCAACGUGCCGGUUCUAUCCCCGCUACUAACGUACCUGCGCCAGGCGGCACACCUGCCACUGUUCCCGGCAGCGUAGCAGGUUCAACGCAGGGACAUCCCCACGCUCACCCCAACGCUAUGCCCCAGACUAUGCAGGCAUCCAAGUUCCCCAUCGUAAAGACGCUCCCGGAAAAGGCGACGCAGAUUCCCACGCCCGUUGCAGGCCCACCUAGUCGUCCAACUCUUACCGGUGGCACAGCCGGUGUCGGCGUCAUGAACCAGCCCGUACUGCAAAAGACCCCGGCCUAUCAGCUCGAGGGCGAGGGCGAGAGGGUUCUGAACAAGAAGAAGCUGGACGAACUGGUUAGGCAGGUGUGCGGCGGUACGGCCGAGGGCCAGGAUGGAAAUCUCUUGACGCCUGAGGUUGAGGAGUCCGUCCUUGGUCUCGCCGACUCCUUCACCGAGAGCGUCCUCCACGCAGCCUCCCGCAACGCCAAGGAGAGAGGAUCCAAGGUUCUGGAGAUCCGCGACAUCCAGCUCGUUUUUGGAGCGCACCUACAAUAUCCGUAUUCCGGGCUACUCUAG